AUGUGCUCGACUUGCGUGGACCGAAUUUUCACUUCCGGCCCUACAUCAUGCCCGGUCCCUCACUGUGGGAAGACUCUCCGCAAGAAGGGGUUCCACAAAGCUUUUUUCGGCGAUCUGAAGGUUGAGAGGGAAGUGGAUAUCAGGAAACGGGUCGGCGAGGUCUUCAACAGGCGGCAGGAUGAGUUCGAGACGUUAUUAGAUUGGAAUAAUUAUCUUGAGGAGGUGGAGAGUCUCGUUUUCGAUUUGGUUGAAGGGACACAGAAAGAAAAGGCAGAGGCGGAGCAGAAGUUGCGUGCAUACCGAACCAUGAAUCUACGAGACAUCGAAGAGAAUAGGAAGGCAGGUUUGGAGGAGGCAGAUCAGGAGCGGAGAAGGGAGGAUGAGGAAAAAGAAGCAGCAAAACGGAGAAGGCUGGAGACCCUGAGGGAAGAGCAGGAGGCCAAACUAGAUGUCGAAAAGAGUCGGAGAGACGUCCUUGAACGAAUGGCAAAUACGGACGAGGACCCGAAUAUCAUUUCCCAGCAAGCUCAGAAAGUCAUACUCAAGAAAUCUUCUGCAAGGAGAAAGAUGGCGGACACGGCCACAGAGAGCAAUGGAAGCGCAAGAGACCCGAAUCUCACAAUCAGGGGCUUGAAAAAGAAAAUUGCGCCUGUACUGGAGAAGCCAUACGAUCCUUUUGGCGGCAUCGACCUCGCUCCUUCACGGUAUGCUCUUCAGGAUCAUUAUGACAACGAGUGGCUUGCGGGCGCGAAAAAUGACGCUCGGCAUAUGGCUGGAGGGUAUAGCCUGAAAGAAUAUUAUGCUCGAACUAUGUUCGAAGCAUUCUCCGGCCUCGGUGUGUUUAUUGAAGAAGAGGUUGUGAACCGAGGUCCACCUGUGACUUCGCCUGCAGUCGCAACUGCUGCUGCUGCCGAAGCUUCUGGGGGCAGAAUCAAGCUCGGGCAUAAGAUGGAGCUUGAUGACGUAUUCUGA